AUGGCGCUUCUCCUCUACGUCGAUGAUAUGUUACUCACAGGAAGUGAUUCAGCCCUACUUCAAGAUCUUCUAGACUGCCUCAACAAGAGAUUCUCGAUGAAGGAUCUUGGUAAACCACAAUAUUUCUUGGGAGUGGAGAUUGAGUCCUAUGAAGGUGGACUGUUUCUACAUCAGCAAGCUUAUGCCAAAGACAUAUUGCAUAAAGCUUCUAUGUCUGACUGUAGCCCGAUGCCAACCCCUCUACCUCUGCAGUUAGACGAACUGAACUCAGAACCGUUUGAAGAACCGACCUACUUCAGAAGCUUAGCCGGCAAACUGCAAUAUCUCACAAUAACUCGUCCGGAUAUACAGUUUGCGGUGAACUUCAUUUGUCAGCGGAUGCACCUACCAACAGUCUCCGACUUCAAGCUACUCAAACGCAUCCUACGUUACAUCAAGGGCACUAUAAACUUGGGGUUGCAUAUCAAGAAAGACAGAGAGCUGGUCCUACACGCGUAUUGUGACAGUGAUUAUGCAGGAUGUAAAGAGACAAGACGAUCCACAUCGGGUUUCUGUACAAUGUUGGGGUCCAAUCUCAUUUCGUGGUCUGCCAAACGACAGCAAACUGUGUCUAAGUCUUCAACUGAAGCUGAAUACAGAGCCUUGACAGCCUCAGCCCAAGAGAUUACGUGGCUCUCGUUUCUCUUGCGAGAUUUGGGUAUUGAGCAAAGGCAGGCAACGGUUUUGAAGUGUGAUAAUCUCUCUGCAGUUUACUUGAGCACUAAUCCAGCGCUAUACAAUCGGUCUAAGCACUUCGAUACAGACUAUCAUUAUGUGAGGGAGCAAGUGGCGCUGGGUUUAAUUGAAACACAACACGUCUCUGCAGCAUAUCAACUUGCAGACAUCUUUACCAAGUCUCUGCCAAAGAAGGAGUUCUUCGAUUUGCGUGGCAAACUUGGUGUAGCUGGACCACCUACACUAAGUUUGAGGGGGAAUGUGAGUGUGAUCUCUAGUCCAGCUCAAGAUACUGAGACCCAAGAUUUUGUAAGUCCAAGAAAGCCCAGUCGAGAAAGGAAGAAGGCGACAAAACAGAGUAUUGACGUUGGAGCUAAAGAAGAAAAGAUGCUUUGCUUUAACAGAUUUGAAUUUUUAUCUAACGGAGAAGAUAAUCAAGCUAGUGACAGCUGUGCUGGUCAAGAUAAGGCUCCAGAUUGUUAG